AGUAAUUGGAGUAAGGCCUUUAAUGAAUGUCGUUGCUUUAAUCUAAAAAAAUGAGUUCAAUUAGCCGUAUUUUGUGUGGCCUUCUCUGAAGAGCUAACAGUCGAGAAUACAUCAAAGCAGCGGCAAUCUGGCAGAAGGUUUCCAGAUGGCUUUCAGUUUGGAACAGCCACUUCUUCUUAUCAGAUCGAAGGAGCUUGGGAUGCUGACGGUAAAUCAGAAAGUAUUUGGGACCACCAAACUCAUUUAAAUCCAAAUCCAAUUGUCGAUGAUUCCACCGGCGAUGAUGCAACUAAGUCUUACUAUUUAUAUAAGAGGGAUGUUGAAAUGUUGAGGGAGGUGGGAGUAGAUUUUUACAGGUUCUCUCUGUCAUGGCCACGAAUAUUACCUACAGGUUUUCCAGAUGAAAUAAAUCAAGCCGGUGUGGAUUAUUACAAUAAUUUAAUAGACGAACUCUUGAAGUAUAAUAUUCAGCCUAUGGUCACGUUAUAUCAUUGGGAUCUACCGCAAAAGUUACAGGAGCUGGGUGGUUGGGCAAAUCCUCACUCUGUUGAUUGGUUUGGUGAUUUCGCAAAGGUUGCUUUUAAUGCUUUUGGAGAUAGAGUUAAACUAUGGGUAACGAUAAAUGAACCAACGCAAAUUUGCUACAAUGGAUACGGAAAUGGACAAUUGGCACCAUUCUUGACAUUCUCAGGAGUAGGUGACUAUAUGUGUGCUAAAUAUCUUCUGCUAGCUCAUGCUAGAGCCUAUCAUAUUUAUAAUGAAGAGUUUAGAAGUACUCAGCAGGGAUCUAUAUUUAUAACGUAUAGUGCUGGUUGGCAAGAACCUGCGUCAGAUGAAGAUGUCGCUGCAGCCCAAGAAGCUGUUGCGUUUGAUCUCGAUCAAUAUGCAUAUCCAAUAUUCUCCAAAAGUGGUGGAUGGCAUCCACUUUUCCAAGAAAUAAUAGCAAAGAAAAGUGCUGAGCAAGGUUUUCUAAGAUCAAGAUUGCCAGAGUUAUCAGAUGAAGAAAUCAAAUAUUUACAAGGGACUUCUGAUUAUUUUGGAUUAAAUCAUUACUCUACGUAUAUUAUUUAUAGAAACCAGUCCGUGAGUACACACGCGAUACCUUCACGGGAAGACGAUUUAAAUGUGAUGUGGUUCCAGCCAGCCGAGUGGUGGUUAGAUGAAAAUGAUACUGUCAAGAGUGCGCCUUGGGGUUUUCGCAAACUACUGCAGUACAUUCGGGAGCAAUAUGAUAAUCCUCCAGUGUACGUGACAGAGAAUGGCUGCUCCUCUUUGGCCAGUAUUGAUGACGAUAAUAGAGUGAGUUACUACAGAGGUUACCUUGGGGCCAUGCUGGACGCUAUUGCUGAAGGUUCUGAUGUAAGAGGAUAUACUGCAUGGAGUCUCAUGGAUAACUUUGAAUGGCGUAAGGGCUACACUGAGAAAUUUGGUAUCUACGAAGUCGAUUUCACUAGCCCAGAGCGCACACGCACACCUCGCAAAUCUGCAUUUGUCUAUAAGGAGAUUCUGCGUUCACGUACACUCGAUUAUAACUAUGAACCUGAUACUACAGUCAUGACAAUUGAUGAGGGGCAUUAAAAUUUUAAAAGAAGAAAUGAUUA